AUGGAGGUGAUCCUGCUCCAAGGGCUGCUGCUCUUCCUUCCCUUCGCAGCCCUGUUGCUUUACUGGUACAGUGCCACUGUCCAGUACUUCUGCAAGAUGGCCUUCUUUAACUGCUGGAUUUUAGCCUUGGCAACCAUCCUCUCCCCCUUAAUUGCUCUUCGGGGACGUAGCGUGGAGAACAUGAAGAUCCUGCGUGCUGUUAUCCUGCCCCUCAAACGCUUCUUUGGCAUCAAGAUGCAGGUGUGGGGAUCUGAGCAUCUGAACACCAAGGAGCCCUACGUGAUCGUCUGCAAUCACCAAGCUUCCCUUGACCUUAUGGGGAUGGUGGAGAUCAUGCCCGACCGCUGUGUGCCCAUUGCCAAGAAGGAGCUUCUGUACCUGGGCACCGUGGGGUGGGCCUGCUGGCUCUGUGGCAUGAUCUUCCUCAAUCGCCAGAAAACAGAAGAUGCUAUCAAUGUCAUCAGCCAGACUGCCAGGACCAUGCGGCAUGAAAAUCUCCAGGUGUGGAUUUUCCCUGAAGGCACCAGGAACCAGGACAAAUCCAUGCUGCCCUUCAAGCGUGGGGCCUUCCACUUGGCCGUGCAGGCUCAGGUUCCCAUUAUACCCGUCGUGAUCUCCCCAUACCGGAACUUCUUCAGCUCCAAGGAGAAGAAAUUCAUCCCUGGGACAUGCACCAUCCGAAUCCUCCCCAGGAUAGAAACCCAGGGUCUGAGCCCAAAGGAUGUCCCCGAUCUGACAGAGACCGUCCGCAAGGCCAUGGCUGAUGCCCUCUCUGAGAUGUCUGCAAAUGACUGUGGGCACUAGCACUCCGAGGAGGCUCCUCUCCCAUGCAGUGCUGGGCCAAUGCUGUCAAGGACACAGGCAGCCCACAGCACGAGGAGGACACAACCAGGACACACUGUCCCUUGGACAGUGCUAUGUCCCCCCAAGCCUGGUGCCUGUAGUGGCCUGGGGUAGCAAGGUCAAUCUGGCUCCUCUGCCCAACAGGAUGGCUCCCAUCUGCACACCAGGCAAGGGGACAGAUGUGCUAGGUAGGCCGGCUUGGACCCUCUCCUUGCUGCAGCGAGGACACCGUGACCCCCUUGAAGCACACCAGCCCCUUCAAUGCCACGUGCUACUGCAGGGACACACCACUGGUUACAGACACUGCACCAGGGACGCAAAAACCCGGCAAAAGCCACCUACCCUGGACACACCUGAGAUCACAGCCCUGCAGAGCCCACACCUCCGGCUUAGCUGGAGGAUUAUGCAGCUGCUACAGCACAGGCCGCCAGUCGUUGUCCAGCCUUGGGGAUCCAACACACCAUUUACCAUGCCUGUCAGUGUAACUUGGAGUAGGGGUCCUCUUUCGGCCUCCUGGGCCUGGGUUGCUUCCUCCAGAGGAACCUGCAAGCCACAGUCCUCCUGGCAAUGCUGCUCAAGCAGAGCAGGGUCCAGAACUCAGUGUAAGACCUGGAGGAGGACAGGAGAUAAAGGCAAUAUUGCCAUUUGUACAAAGCUUUCUCCACGCUGAGCUACAAGACAAGGGCAUAAGAAUAAACAGUCCCUACGUGCUGGCA